UCCGCGAUCCAUGCUGGGAGCCGCAGCCUUCAACGAGCGCUCCCCUCGCGAGCUUGCGCACUCCGUCAGCGCACGUCGACGCCAGGCGGGAGCGAGCGUGACUGACGUUUACGUCGGCGACGCCUGGGAGCGCAAGGACGUGGGCUUUCGAGAGUGCGCAGUGGGAGCGUCAGCGGCGACCCCUCGGCCUCUCUCGGGAGGGGGCGACGCCGAGAUGGGGGCGGCGGCGGCGGAAGCGGAUCGUACUCUCUUUGUGGGCAACCUAGAAACUAAAGUGACCGAGGAGCUCCUUUUCGAGCUUUUCCACCAGGCUGGGCCAGUAAUAAAAGUGAAAAUUCCAAAAGAUAAGGAUGGUAAACCAAAGCAGUUUGCAUUUGUGAAUUUCAAACAUGAAGUAUCUGUUCCUUAUGCAAUGAAUCUACUUAAUGGAAUAAAACUUUUUGGAAGGCCCAUCAAAAUUCAGUUUAGAUCAGGAAGUAGCCAUGCCUCACAGGAUGUUAGUUUGUCAUAUUCCCAGCAUCAUGUUGGAAAUUCAAGCCCUACCUCCACAUCUCCUAACAGACAUGAAAGGACUGUGGAUAACAUGACUCCAUCACCACAGAUAAUUCAGAGAGCUUUCUCUUCUCCAGAAAAUUUUCAGAAACAAGCAGUGAUGAACAACGUUUUGAGACAGAUGCCAUAUGGCGGGAAAUUUGGUUCUCCACAUCUUGAUCAAUCAGGAUUUUCCCCAUCAGUUCAGUCACAUAAUCAUAGUUAUAACCAGUCUUCAAGCUCCCAGUGGCGUCAAGAUACGCCAUCAUCACUGCGUAAAACCAGGCAGAGUUCUCAUCCCUACCUUGUAGACAGACACUAUAGCCGCGAACAGCAUUAUAGAGGACACAGAGAUGAUUACUUCUAUGAAGACAGGAAUCGCGAUGGCUGGAGCCAUGACCACGAUAACAGAAGAGACAGCAGUAGAGCUGGAAAGUGGCAUUAAUCUCGAAACUAACAAGUGUCCAAAGGACAUUGUUUUUAUAGAGUCAUCCUAGGCCCUUUGGACUAAGUUGGUCUGGGAGUGUUUUGUUAAAACUGUACAAAGCAUUUUUAUAAGUUGCCACGUUUCUAUAUAAAAAUUUUUAAACAUAGCUAUAGUCUGAUACAGAAAUGAGAAGACUUAUGAUUACAGUUUUUACAUUGAUAACCUUUCACCUCAGGGUUUCAUGAAGAGGAAAGGGUUUUAUGCAAAAGAAAGUUCCACAGUUCCUAAUCGUUUUAGAAAUUGAGGAAGGCACAUGUUAUAUGUAUUGGUUGUAUCAUAAAGCAAAUAUUUUAAUGAUCUAUUAUCUAUUGUAUUGCAAGAACCUGCUUAUUAGUGAAUCACAUUUUGUGUAUAUGAUAGAAAACAGUCAAGUUGGUAGUUUAAAAUACAGUAGUAUUUUGUUAACAAAAGAGAAAAUGUAAUUUCAAUGAUUUGUUUUACUAACAUUUGAGAAAGAUUAUUGGUAAAGUUUGUGAAUAAUCAUAUCGUUUAACUUCAUGAAGAAUGUAAGUGUAAGUUCUGUGACAUGCUCUUUGAGUUUUUCCCUAAUUGGAUAUCAAGUGUAAAUCUACACUUCCUAUUUCAUUCUAAAAUAUUAGAAUUUUCUCAUUAAAUCAUGUUUGACUGAAUAACUGAAGUCACUCAGGAAGUUAAAUAUCUCUAAAUGUAUUUUUUUAAAUUAAAAAUUCAGUAUUAGUGUAAAUUCUCCUUUUCAGGAAGAACAAAAAUGCAAAUGCAGAGUCAGAUAAAAGGAUUUACUGAAAGUAUGCUUGUUUGGGGAAAAGUUCACAAAGCCUUUAAGUGCUGCCUCUAUUACUCAAACUUUAAAAAUUUACAAUUUUUUAAAGUGCCCAGGGUAUGUGUGCAAGGACACAUUUUAUUAUAGGGAUUGUACAUGUUGUCUUUAUGUUUGAACAUUUGAAAGAGUUAAGGCUUACGCAUUCUGAUUUUAAAAAUUUUAAAUCCUGUUAAAACGUUUAUGUAUCAAGAUGUUUCCCUUUAAUUGUAGAACUUGUUUAUACAAAUUCACUCCUUGAUAUAUUUGGAUCCUUUUUAAUAACUAGCAUUUUUGUACUGUUACUUUUUAAUAUAUUGAAAACAUAAAAAGGGGUAUGUGUCUUCUUUUUAAAAAUAUUUUUAUUGAUUUUUAGAGAGGAAGGGAGAGAGGAACAUCGAUGAGAGCAGAACAUGGACCGGUUGCCUCCUGCAUGCUUCCUGACUGGGGCUUGGACCCUCAACACAGGCAUGUGUCCUGACCUGGAAUCAAAUUAGCAACCUUUCCGUGGACAGGACAACACCUAACCAACUGAGCCACACCUGCCAGGGCUCUUUUUUUUUUUUUUAAUGUCACUAUAGAGACACUGUACACAAAAAGUUAGCAACAUACUUUUUAUUCAGUGAUUGGUGGUAAAAAUAUCAGUUCAUCUGGCUGGUAUGGCUCAGUGCUUGAGCGUGGACCCAUGAAUCAAGAGGUCACUGGUUCGAUUCCCAGUCAGGGCACAUGCCAGGGUGGUGUGCUGGAUCCCCAAAAGGAUCAUGCAGGAGGCAGCUGAUGGAUGUUUCUAUCUCUGUCCCUCUCCCUUGUUUCUGUUUCUUUAUCCCUCUUUCCUCUCUUUAAAAUAAAAAACAUGAAAUUAAAAAAAAGAAUAUCAGUUUUUCAAGCAUCUUAGAAAUAAACGUUUUGUACAUAUUGAACUUAGUAUUUAGAGUCAGACUUCCAGUGACACAUGGAUUAUUUUUCCAAGUACUAUACUCUCCCUGGUCUCUAGGAGUUUAUGUACAUUCAAGUUUCCUCUUUUUAAAUGCAUGCCUUUUUCUGUCUAGGUAAAUGGAGCUACUCAACCAUUCAGCAUAGAGAGCAUGAAGAUCAAAUUUUUCAUCUCAAGCAGUUUAAUAGAAGGAUUUGUUUCCAAUAAACUUAUUUUCAAGUGUCAUGACAAUUCAGUAGCAUUUGUAGAUAUUAACAAAGGUUAAUACUGCUCUAUUGCCACUUACCUGUGGGUCAGGUUCUUUCAUAUUGAUUCAUAGGUGAUCCUGAUUCAGAAUAAUCUUUUUCCAGUGCCUUUUGGGGCACACCUGUGAGGUUCCAGUUAAUCUUUUUCACUUUAAUCGCACCUCAUUGAAAGUAACUAAGUGUACUGUGUAAAGGGAUAGAACAAGACAUUCCUAAAGAGUUGAGUCUAGUUGGUGAACAGUUUACGUAGGUGUUGAGAGCUGCAGGAGUAAGAAGGAGAUUGCAGGAGAGCAGCUUCUCCAGAGUGUUCCAUGAAAUACUACUCACAUGUUCUGUGAAAUAGGGUUCUGUAAUAAAAUGUUUGGCAAACCUACUACUGACUUUCUGUAAGAGAAUGAUAAAGAACAGCACCAUAAAGCUGCUGACAAGCACUCCAGUAAUAUGCUUACGUCCUAACCUGUUUGGCUCAGUGGAUAGAGUCAGCCCGUGGACUGAAGGGUCCCAGGUUCGAUUCUGGUCAAGGACACAUACUUCGGUUGCAGGCUCUAUCCCUGGCCCUGGUUGGGGCUCAUAUGGGAGGUAAUCAAUUGUGUCUUUCACAUCACUGUUUCUCUGUCUCUCCCACUCCCUUCUGCUCUCUCAAAAUCGAUGGAAAAGUAUCCUCGGGUGAGGAUUAACCAAAAAAAAGAAGAAAUCUGUUUAUACUUAACCUUGUAUUUUCCAAAUUUGCUUGACCCUUAUUUUAUCUUUUUAUACAUAACUAGAGGCCUGAUGCAUGAAGUUUGUGGAAGGGACUCGGCCCUCGCAGCCCCAGCCAGCCCUUGCAGCCCUGGCUUCGUCCAGGAGGUCAUCCGGACAGUCGUUCUGCUGUUUGGUCUAAUUAGCAUAUUAGCUCUUUAUUAUAUAGGAUGUAUAU